AACCUCCCCAGAGCUUCCUCCACUCCGGUCUCUGGGGACCCGCAGGUGUCGCUGGCCACUUCUGGCUUACAUUGGCCCAGAAGGCCCCUGAACUGCUCACAUCACCCUUGGGGGGAGGCCAGCAUUUCCUGUUUCCUGAAUUGCAGGCCAACGACGGGUCCUGGAAGUGGGUAACUGAGCUGGGGGAGCCUGAGCAACUGCAGGAAGGGGACCUGUAUGCCCUACGCCGCCCCUGCACCAUGGACCGCGGCGAGACUAGCCUGGAGCCUCACGCCGCGGCCCCUCGCUGCAAAGGGCCAUGCAUGAUCGCGCCCGUGCGCGCGGUGCUCCGCCUGCGCCGCCGCGUGUGCGUCCUCCGCAAACGACGCCUCCUGCAGCCAGGCGCCGGGGCUGACGCUGGGAGCGGGGCGGCCAGGCCAAGCGGCAGUCCUGGGGCGCUGCGCCCAGACCUGCACCAGCCCAAAUUCUUCACCUUCGAUGGCCUGGCGGAGCUGUCGUCCAGGACGCCGCGCAAGAGGCGCAGGCGGAGCCGCGUAGUGCUCUACCCCGAGACUUCACGCAAGUACCGACCCCGCGGAGAACACCGAAGCCGGGCGCAGCGUUGCCUGCUGCUACUUGUGGCCAUCGUGGGGUUCCAGAUACUCAACGCCAUCGAGAACCUGGACGAUAACGCGCAACGUUACGACCUGGACGGCCUGGAAAAGGCGCUGCAGCGCGCGGUGUUUGGCCAGCCGGCCGCCGUGAGCCACAUCAUGACACUGCUGCGGGACUACCUGGCCACGCACGUGCACAGUCGCCCGCUCCUCCUGGCGCUGCACGGGCCCAGUGGCGUGGGCAAGAGCCACGUUGGCCGCUUGCUGGCACGCCACUUCCGCUCGGUCCUCGAGGACGACGCGUUGGUGCUGCAGUACCACGCAGGGCAUCACUGCCCGGACCCACGCGCUGCGCAGGACUGCCGAGAGGAGCUGAGGCGGCGCGUGGCGGACGUGGUGUCGCAGGCCGAGGAGGAGGAGAAGACCCCUCUCUUGGUGCUGGAUGAGGCUGAGCUCCUGCCUUCUGCCAUGCUGGAUGAGCUGUACGGCCUUCUGCAGCCGCAGCUCUCACACCAUUUCCACAACGCCAUCUACGUGCUCCUCAGUGGCGCGGGAGGCGCGGAGAUCACACAUUAUGUCCUGCAGAACGCAUCACGCACGCUGCUCCCGCGCUCUGGGGACAGUGCACGCAGCCCCCAGGCCCCCGCGGAGGAGGAGCUGCGCAGCCGCCUUCAAACACUGCUGGUCCAAGAGCACCCGCUGUGGCAGGCCGCUGCCAUCGUGCCCUUCCUGCUGCUGGAUAAGCCAGACGUGGUGAACUGCUUCCGUGAGGAGAUGGCCGGGGAGGGUUUUUUUCCUGAGCAGGCCCUCGCGGAGCGUCUGGCAGAGCAGCUCAGCUACUACCACGUUGCUGGCCACGAAUUUGCCACCACUGGCUGCAAGCAGGUGGUAGCCAAGGUCAACGUGUUGCAGCACAGGUCUGCACACACUGGAUACUAAGCCAGUGACCCCGGAAUAUUUGCGAUGUUGGUGGAAGCAGGAGGGAGAUUGAGGGGGUGUAGCCAACAAGCUGGUUCACCCCUGGGAGCUAGGGAGACCUUAGAAGGUGGUUCAGGUCUGAGCUCCCCACUUCCUCAUCCAACCCCAGAGCCUUGAGUUUCCCCAGGGUCAUCAGGAAAGCAUCCACUUUCCGCCUGUUGUCUGGCCCAUCUUCUUGAGCCCCUACUGUGCCCAGCGUGUCCCAGGCACAUGUAAUGGGAUCUCCCAACAGUCCUAAGGAGUGGACAGUAGCUGGGUGGGAAUCUGGCUCUGUGGGGUGCUGUGGCAACCUCCACACACCCAGGUGCCCCUUGCAUGCCUCCUCAGCCUGGCAGAUGGUGGAGGAUGCUUGUCCAGAUGGACCUACGCAUACCUAGGAACAAAGUGCGGUGAAUGGUGUCUCCAAGCCAGAAUGGUGCCAGUGGAAUCCCUCACAUGAUCUCAGGGAGAGAUUUGGUUAAAGGUGAGAUAAGGCCUCAAUCUCUUGGGUCCCCUUGCACUGACCCCCCUUCUGCCAAGCACUGAACUGGGGAUACAGGUAGAAAAGACCUUGGUGAGCUGGGUGUGGUGAUGCACGCCUUUAAUCCCAGCACUCGGGAGGAAGAGGUAGGAGGAUCACUGAGCCUGAGACUACAUAGUGAAUCUGAAUUCAGGUCAGAUGCCUGGGC